UGACUGAGUAGCUGUCCACUGCUUUCAACAUGGGACGAAAGAAACAAGGCAAGUUCGUGCGCCCUGACAACAAGGCCAAAGACAAAAGGCAUAAAAUGAAGGGGAAAUCCUUAGAGGCCUUUACAGAAGAUAUGCACACUGCUUUUGAAGCAAGUCUCCACCUAGAAGAGGGAGCAGAGGCCCCGCAGGUGAAACUGCCUUGUCCACUUGCCAUGUGGGAGUUGGGUCACUGUGAUCCCAAACGUUGUACCGGCAGAAAGUUGGUACGCAAGGGCUUUGUACGCAACCUACGCCUCAAUCAGAGAUUUAAUGGACUCAUACUGAGUCCAAUGGGCACAAAGUAUGUGACACCAGCAGACAGAGCGAUUGUGGCACAAAGCGGGGUAGCAGUGAUCGAUUGUUCCUGGGCAAAACUGGAGGAGACUCCCUUUAAUAAGAUGGUUGGAACUCAUCCCAGGUUACUGCCGUACCUUGUAGCGGCAAACCCCGUCAACUACGGCAAGCCUUGCAAGCUGUCGUGUGUUGAGGCCUUUGCUGCCACAUUCUGCAUUGUAGGUUUUGAAGAACUCGCAUUGCUAUUGUUGAAGAAAUUCAAGUGGGGGACAGUGUUCCUGGAUCUCAACAAAGUUCUGCUGGACCGCUAUGCUGCUUGCCAGUCAGAGGAAGAGCUGCUGUCUGUAGAAAAGGAUUUUCUCACAACUAAACCAGAGGAGGAUGACUUUGAUCCAUUUGAUGUCGACUCAGGAGUUGAAUGUAGAAAUCUCAACAGACGUCCGUGUGCACCUGAAGAAGACGAUGAUGCUAGUGAGGAUACGGACACCUCUGAGGAUAACGAAGAUGAAGCAGAAGAUGAAGAAGUAGAAGAUGAAAAAACAGAAGGCGAAAGCGAGUCAAAAACAGUCUCACAUCAUCAUGAAGAGGAGGAACAGACUGAAUCAAAGUCAUCACAAUAAAGCACAUUUCUACUAUCUAUUCUUAUACUACAAGGACUGGCAAAACUUUUUCAAUACUCAUGACUCAUUCAUAAACUAAAAGCUGUUUUGGGUUAACCAGUUUUGUACAGGUAUCCAAAAAAUAAUAAUUUAAAAAAAUGCAAUAAAUUGUAUGUUUUAUAAUGUAAACAAAUUAAAUAAAUACAUAUUUGCAAGCGUU